UUUUGUCUUCACUUGAUUAGUAGUUUUUAAAUAACAGGCCCGCACUAUCAGGCUAUAUCACGAACCAGAAUUCCAAUUGCUUCGUGUGGGAACAAGGAAGGUAAAUAUGGGGUCCACACAGAUCCCCCUUCUGUUAACCCUUAGUGUCGUAUUUUUAGGGUGUUCCUUCGCUUCUGGACGUGUUGUUGUAAAAAGUGGCUCGCACUUGCCUAACAUUAUUCAUUUGGACGUGAGGAUUCUUCACGGGCCCGAGGACAGAAGUGUGAAAUACAGCCAAGGCGCCGAGGACAGGAUUGUGAAAGUUCAUGACGCCGAGGACGCGGGUGUGGAGUACCAAAUUCCUGAGCCGUCAGAGCCAAAGGAGCCCCCAGCACCGGUAAACAUUGGUAGAGAGGCGGGCGAGGGAGAGCCACCAGCCCCUGUAAAGAUUGGUGAAGAAAAUGAGGAAGGACCACCAGAGCCGAUUAAACCAGGAUGUAUUAUGAUGAAUUCAUAUGACGCUGAACUCUACGAAUACUACGGCUGCGAAUUAUCUGAGCUGUUUGAAGGUUGUUACACCAAGCCAGUUUGUCCAGAAGCCUGUACUGCCGAUGAUGGAACACUCAGGGAGGAGAACGGCCCGAUGUGGAUGGAGAAGGACGAGAAGAGCAUGUGUGAAUGUGUGACGUCAGAUAAGGUACUCGGUAGCCCUCCUGUCCCUCCUGAGGGUGCGGGACCAUGGCCACCAUACAAGCACUGCCGCGCAAAUGGCUGUACUAUCCAAGGAACGGACACAUUACUACCGGGCGGGGCCACCGUCCAACUAUAUGGUGCACCGUGUGUCUGCCUCGAGGGUUCUGACCCAAAUUUGAUGGACUACGCCUCGCUAUACCAUCUCAAGUGCUUCGAAGAGGAAAGGGAAGAUGAGGGCGCGUUUGAUGAAGAGUUUGAAAAAUAGGUCGGAUCAUCUUGAAAUGAGAAAUUCUAGUUCUGGGCGACAUGACGGUACAGCUCCACUCAAGCGGCGUUGGUGUUGGUGAGACAAUCAUUACCGAUAGUGAUCUACCAUUGUAUGUUCUAGGCGUAACCCACCGAAGCUCUGCUUUUAAUACCUUUCGUACCAAACCGAGAGGUUAUGUUUGUCUCACCAGAACGAAAGGCUGUUUAAUAAAUACUCGAGUUCAAAGAAUUAUCAAAUAAUCAUUGACUAAUUCGGUUUCGUGGUUUUUUAUUCAUAUUGACAAAGACAAAAAUACAGGUAGGUAUUCACGGAGUAAGCGUCAGGAAGUUACAGUUCUAUCACA